AUGCUUUCUUCCGACUUUUCAGAUACUAUUCCCAACGAAACUCCGUCAUUAAAAGCUGCUCCGAGUUUUUUUACUUCUCCUAUUGGUUACGUAAGCAACCAUGUUCAAUCCUUAUUAAUUAAAAUCCUUAAACAAGGUCCGAUUCCUCAACAUUUAGGUUUUAUCAUGGAUGGAAACCGUAGAUUUGCAAGAAAGAUGAACUAUAAACAGGUUUUUGAAGGUCAUUUUAUGGGAUAUGAUAAACUCCAGGAGGUAUUGGACAUUUGUUUACGCUUUGGAGUCAAAGCAGUUACUAUAUAUGCAUUUAGCAUUGAGAAUUUUAAACGUCCAAAGGAAGAGGUUGAUACACUUAUGGAACUUGCCAAAACAAAGUUGGCAGAGCUAUGUGAAAAAAGUCAAUUAGUCAAUAAAUACAACGUAUGUGUGAAGGUGCUAGGAAAUAUUGCACUCCUUCCAGCUGAUGUUCAAGAAGCUGCAAAAAAAGCUAUUGAUACUACUAAGCAUAAUUCAGGACCAUUAUUAAACAUAUGUGUCCCCUAUACUUCUAGAGAUGAAAUCACAUCCUCUGUAAAAUCUGUCAUAAAAUCAGUUGAAAAUGACCAUAUACAGAUCAAAGAUAUUAAUGAGGAAAUACUAGAAGAAUAUUUAUAUACUCACGGAAGCCCUCCGUUAGACAUUCUUAUUCGAACUUCAGGUGAAAUUAGAUUAAGUGAUUUUCUAUUGUGGCAGUGUCAUAAAAAUUGUUAUAUUCACUUUGUUAAUUGUUUUUGGCCGGAAUUUUCAAUUUGGGAUAUGUUGCCAAUUAUUUUAGAAUACCAACUUAGUUAUGAUUCAUUGAAGAAAAAGAUCGAAGUCUGGGCUAAAAAUUGCCUCUAG